UGGCGCGUCAAUCCUUAAAUCUGAAACCACAUGGUAGUCGAUACUCGACAUUCGAAACACAUAGACUGCUGUUACCGUGUACAAUUUGGUGCAGUUUACUAUUGAUUGUAGGUUAGAAGUUUAUUUGAUUUUCCAUCAAUUUCAAUUAAAUUAAAUAACAUGCCUGCAGGAGUCGGUUCUUCAGUCCUUCAGAGGGUUACGAAACCCAAAACCCAUAAAGGAAAGAAGGUUCUUCUAGAUAGAGAACCCAAAGUUAUUGAAAAUACAAAACAAAUAUUUUUCGUUAAAGGUGCCAAAACUACUCCAGAGUUGCAAGAAUGUUUAAAAGAUAUUUACACAUUAAAAAAACCAGAUGCCAAAAUUUUACGAAAUCGCAAUCAUAUAACACCGUUUGAAGAUGCUACACCUUUAGAAGGUUUUGGAAAAAAGUUCAAUGCAAAUCAUUUCAUGAUGAUAAGCAACAACAAAAAGAGGCCUAAUAACCUUGUUAUAGGUCGAUUAUUUGAACACACAUUGAUGGAUAUGGUUGAAUUUGGAGUAGAAAAUUAUAUGAGUUUAAAUAGUUUUAAAAAUGAAAAAAUUGCUACUGGGAUCAAACCAAUGCUUGUUUUUCAAGGAGAGUUAUUUGAAAAUAAUUCAGAGUUUGGACGAAUUAAAAAUUUACUUGUAGAUAUGUUUCACAGAGAAGAUGUUGAACAAAUAAGGCUACAAGGUCUGGAACAUGUAUUAAGUUUUACAGCUCAUGACAACUGUAUACUUUUCAGAAGUUACAAGACAUUGCUAAAAAAGUCUGGAACCAGAAUCCCACGAAUUGAAUUACAAGAAAUAGGACCAAGAAUGGACUUGAGAAUCAGGAGAAUUAAACUUGCUACAGAUGAUCUUUUCAAACAAGCUUGUAAAAAACCCAAAGUUCUUAAGGAAAAGAAAAAGAAGAAUAUUACUGAAGAUACUUUUGGCAGUACACUAGCAAGAGUACAUUUGGGAGUUCAGAAACUAGACACAAUUCAAACUAGAAAAAUGAAAGGUUUGAAAAAAACUAAAGCAGAAAAGAAAAGGAAGGCUGCUGAAGACUUAGAUAACAGUCCAAAAAAGGCUAAAGUUAGCAAUGUAACUACUACUGAAGCGUAAUUCAUAAAAUUACUAUGUAUAAAUAAUAAAUGUUUGUAUUUACAUAACAGAAAAAAAAUAUUAUAAUUUAAUAUCAUUUUUAUGACUUUAAUACUUUAACAACAAAAAAAUUAUUUUUUUAAGUAUUUCAUUCUUACUUUGCAGAGAUUUGACUUUAGUGUGCUUAUGUUUUUAGGCUCGUGGUUCACUCCAUGCUCAAGUCAAAAUUUAGUUUACUUUUUAAUUUUAUGGGAUAUUGAUCAUUACAAUUUUUCAAACUUGGUAAAGAAAUAAAUACAACUGAAUACCGACGGAAUUUUUUAUUUAUUAAAUGAAAUCACAAUGCCCGCGCAAAAUCAGUUUUGCGUAUCACGUAUAUUAAGUCUUGGAAUGGUCUUAACUUUUUAUUAUUCCUUUUUUCGCGUAUUUUUAUGUUAAAUGCUUAUUGUAACAUGAUUCAUUUUUACUAGCCAAAUUGUUAUACUAUUGUUACAUUUAUACUGUUCUAUCAUUGCUCGCGGUAAUAAAUUAAUACAUUUCAUGUAAAACAAGGCAAUGAAUUCUCAUGGCACAUAAAUAUGCAGAUUCCAAAAAAUGUUACCAGUUACAGUUGCUGUAUAUAAGUUAUAGAACAGUUUCCUCACAUACUUGGAGUAUCUUUU